AUGGCUGCCUCUUCUACAGCCACAAUUGGCUCCUACGAGCUGACGUCUCGCGCAAUCAACGAGCCCCCUGCCGCUGCGGUCCGUGAAGGAUCCGGUAUUUUUAACGAGACCCAGAGGCUAGGCUCUCGCUACGGUCAAGAUUACUCAGACGGCGGUGUUGAGAGCGUGGCGGCACAGAAUACUUCCGCCGAGGUUGCUGAGAGCUGGAAAUAUCCCCGCCAGAAUGUUGUCAGGACCGGAGCGGCGUUUUGGAGUCUUUUGACCUCCGGGGCUAACGAUGCUGCAUACGGCGCCUUGAUCCCAUACCUAGAAGAAUAUUACAACUUGAGCUACAUCAUAGUAUCUCUUGUUUUCCUCUCACCCUUUGUCGGUUAUAUCUUAGCAGCAGUACUGAACAAUACACUGCAUCGACGUAUUGGACAGCGAGGAAUUGGCAUCACUUGCGGAAUUUGCCAUAUUUUCGCCUACAUCAUAAUCGCCGUUCAUCCUCCAUACCCCGUCUUGGUCCUUGUGUACUGUCUCGCUGGUUUCGGAAACGGAAUCAGUGAUGCAGCGUGGAAUGCCUGGAUUGGCAAUCUCGAUAGGGCCAAUGAGACUCUUGGCUUCCUUCAUGCCUUUUACGGCGCUGGAGGAGUCAUCAGUCCUCUCAUUGCAACUAACAUGAUCGCAAAGGCUGACUUGCCUUGGUAUACAUUUUACUAUGUGAUGAUCGGGCUGGCCACUAUCGAAUUUAUUGCUUGCACCUGGGCAUUCUGGUCCAAUGGCCCCGAAGUCUACCGUCAAACCAUGGAUGCCAGUAACGAGGACAACCAGGGCAUGAAGGAAGCCUUGUUCAAGCUUCCUUUCGCUCGUAUGACUUGGCUUUGUGCCGCAUUCCUCCUCUGCUACGUUGGUGUUGAAGUUUCUGUCGUUGGCUGGAUCGUCCAGUUUAUGAUUCGCGUGCGAAAGGCUGAGAACUAUCCAGCAGGUAUGACCUCCAUGGGCUUCUGGUUAGGUCUCGCCGUUGGCCGUGCUAUUCUGGGAUUCGUGACUCCCCUACUUGAUGUCAAAGUUGCAGUAUCUGUUAAGAUUACAAUUGGUUUCGCAGCUGCUUUCGGUGGCAGUGGUGCCGCGAUUCUACCUUUUGCUGUGGGUGCUAUUGCUCAGGCCAAGGGCGUCAAGACUCUUUAG